GCAAUGGCGCAACGUACAUUACAAGUUGUCCAUUUGAUCUCGGAUAAUUGGCGUUUGCGUCUAUCCUCCACAACCCCGUUGUCAUUGAAAAGGUCCUUGGCUUUGAAGUCAGUGGUUGGUGGAAAUAACAUUUGACAUUCAAACUCCCAGUCUGAUUUCAGACUUGAUUUCAGGAAGCUUCUGUGUAAUUUUCUGGGUAAAAUCGCUGAUCCGUUUCUCUAUUCUCUAUCUCUAGGCGGAUUUGGGAAAAGAAUCAUGCAUGCUUUGCUAGGUAUUUGCUUGCACAUGGGUUUACUGAAACGGUCGCCAUUGUGCAAACUUUGUCCUUCUAGAUUAACGAGAGCCCAGGGAGAAGCGACAACGUAUUACGGUGGGGUACGCACGGUCGAAUCAGCCAUCCCGGAUCACUACCCUCCGUGCUGGACCGCUGACCAGCCAAAGCGGCCAUUGGGCAGUCCCGCUUUCACAUCCCUCCUAGGUUCGGAGUCGCCGGCUGAGCAUCUCCGGCUAUUCCAGCGUGCACCCUACCCCCUGGGCGAACAGCCCUUCCUGGAACCCCUCCCUGUCUUCCCGUCCUGCCCCGCGCCGGCUCCGGCUGUUCCGUUGCCUGCGGUCCCUCCCCGGCGCCUGGACCGAGAACGCCGCUUCGCCCCGCCCCCCGCGCAGGCAGCCGUCCUCUACAUCCGGGUACAGACUCCAGCCGCCCAGACUCUGGCACUAUGGUCAUGGCGGAGGGAACAGCAGUGCUGAGGCGAAACAGGCCGGGCACCAAAGCACAGUAUAUUCAGCAGAACAUAAGGGCAGACUGCUCCAAUAUUGACAAAAUUCUUGAACCACCUGAAGGCCAAGAUGAAGGUGUAUGGAAGUAUGAACAUUUAAGACAAUUCUGCCUUGAGUUAAAUGGACUUGCUGUCAAACUUCAGAGUGAAUGCCAUCCAGAUACUUGUACUCAAAUGACAGCAACUGAACAAUGGAUUUUUCUUUGUGCAGCUCAUAAAACUCCAAAAGAGUGUCCUGCUAUAGAUUAUACUAGACACACACUUGAUGGUGCUGCAUGUCUUCUGAAUAGCAAUAAAUAUUUUCCUAGCAGGGUUAGCAUAAAGGAAUCAUCUGUAGCAAAACUAGGAUCAGUAUGCCGUAGGAUUUACAGAAUAUUUUCACAUGCUUAUUUUCAUCACCGGCAGAUAUUCGAUGAAUAUGAAAACGAAACAUUUUUGUGUCAUCGGUUUACUAAAUUUGUGAUGAAAUACAAUUUGAUGUCCAAGGAUAACCUGAUUGUACCAAUUUUAGAAGAGGAAGUUCAGAAUUCAGUUUCUGGAGAAAGUGAAGCGUGAAUGGAAUCAUAUACAAAAAUGUACUGAUCACAUAAUUAACAUUAAUUAUGUACUGUAUAUAAUUUUAGACACAUCAAUCAUGUAUCCAUAUUAUAGUUUCUUUGUUUAGUAUAGGUUUUUGUAAGCUGUGUGUUGCCUUUUAAAAUGGGAAAUACUUUUUAAGUUAUUCAAAGUUAUUCAUGAGUUGUAUAUUCAUCAGUGUGGCACUCAUGGUUUUUAAAUAAGAUUAGUAUUAUCUGUUUAUAAUGCCUGCUAAUAAAAGAAUUUACAGUUUGGUAAAAUUGCUGCUAAACAAUCAUUGGAUCACAGUCCUCAUCAAAUAAAUCCAUGUAUAAAAAGAUGAGUGAGCUUGAGGUUUCAAACAAGCCAUUUACUAGAGAAUCGUAAUGUUUUCCCUUGGUUUUUGCCCUGAGUUAAGAUAUUCUAGAACAUUCUAUAGUGCAUAGUUGCAUCAUAACUGUUAACUUUUUCAAAAUGAUAUAAAAGUAUUAUACAAUUCUGCUUAUAGUUUUUGACAUGCAUAUGUGAUUAUAUGUAUAUCCAAAUAUAGAUACAAAUUAAGCAUUAGUAAUAUUUAAAUCUUGCCAUACUACACAAAGGCCAGCAUUCUUGGAAAAGAUUUACCUUUCUGCAACAGUGGAUUGUUACAUAGAAGGUGAUAAUGAUAAUGAUAAGGCACGUAAGUGAUGUUCCCACUUGAAAUCUGCACUGUCUGCCCCUUCUCAUUUCUCUUAAUCCUCUUCCCAAACUAUUUUAUCAGAGAAGCUUUUCGCCAGACUGAUUUAGUGGUGUCUUAUACCUAUUUAUAAUUGUAUUAAUUGCUUACAGAUUUACCUCAUAUUAGCAAUUACAUUACACUACAGGAAAAAAUGUAUUGGCAUAGGCUCUUGCUUUUCUUUGUUUUUGCAAAAUUGUUCUAUCAAUAACAACUUAGAAACAAGUACUUAAAAUAGUUUUCUUACUAAUAAUAUUAACCUUUUCAUCUAACUAUUUAGGCAGUUUUAUACAGAACUGAAAAACUAGUAUGGUAUUUCUUUUAUGCCCCUACCCCACAGAAUUUGUUUGAAUUAUAUGCAUAAGUGAGAUUAUUAUUUUGCAAUAAUUGACAGGACCCCAAGAUGUUGAUAAAUGGUCAUACAUGUUUUUUGGACUUUGUUGUUAAUUGAAUGUUUUAAGGAUUCAAAUGUAGAUUUAAUAGUCUCAUAACCUAUUGAAUACAGUUUUUAAUAAAAGUACUGCAGGUCUUACUGCCAAACUGGUUGUAAUGAGGCACUAAGAAAGGAUGAAAACAUUGUACAGGUAGUGAUUUAAAUCCAUUUCUUGAACAGAUUUAAACAUGAAUAAUUUUUUCAUUUAAAAGGUUUAUUUUGAAAUGAAGAUAAAAAUGUAUUCAUCUUGAUUGUUUUUUCAAACUUGAAAUAAUUUAUAACAUUAUAAGACAAGUAUGUACAGCAAAAAUGUGGGAAAUAGGAGCAUAUGGAGAGAGUGUAUAUAUCUUUUAUUCCUUUCCAAGCCUGCCAAUCUUUUUUAUUUUGAACAGUGCUAUCCCAGCAGCCAGAGUUAUAUUACUGUACCCCAACCCAUAAUUAUCUUCUAAGAAGUUUUAUGUUUGUAGUGAAAGGAAUGUUGACUUUGAAAUUAUGCAUUUAUAUUAAUGUCACUAUAAACCAAUGGGAAUAGUAAUUUUUAAGCAAACUUGGCUAAAUAUUGAGAAACUAAACUACUAAGUUAAUAUAUAUAGCAAUGUAGCUGUUCUUUCUAGACAGUAACUAACAAUAGAUUUCUGUUGUUUGACUAUUUUCUUAGUGAACUUUGGAACUAAGGUAGUGACUGGGAUUGGUGACCUGGCUAAGUAUUUUGAAACACAUUUUGAAUUAUAUGGUUGAGUGUUAACAGGGAAAUAAAAUAAUUUUUUUUUUCUUAUUCCAUCUUCCCUGUACUGUGUGUUUGGAAUUGAUUAUAAAAGAAAAUUUUCUAAAA